AGCAGUGCCGCGUGAAAGUCAAGGAGCUCAGACAAGCCUAUCAAAAAACAAAGGAGGCAAACGGUCGCUCCGGGUCAGAGCCGCGGACAUGCCGCUUCUACGCCGAGCUGCAUGCAAUUCUAGGGGGGGCUGCCACCACAACCCCACCUGUGAUCGUGGAUUCUGGGUCAGGGAUAGUCUCAUCAGCGAUGCCUGAGGAUUCUGCCGAUGGGGGGGAGGAGGAGGAGGAUGAGCUUGCAGAGAGCACACAGCACUCCGUUCUCCCCAACAGCCAGGAUCUUUUUCUCACCCUGACUGAAGUACCCUCCCAAGCCUCCCAAGCCAGUACCCAAGACUCUGACCCCAUGGAAGGGACCUCAGCAGCUGCAAAUUCCUCAAGCCUCCCUCCUCCAGCCCGAAGGUUAUCACAGAUAAGGUGUCGUAAGAAGAGAACGCGAGAUGAGAUGUUUUCUGAAAUUAUGGAAUCCAGCCGCAGUGACAGAGCUCAUCUGAAUGAGUGGAAGGAAACAGUUUCAAAGUAUAGGAAAGAAGCCAGUGAACGUGAGGACAGGAGGGACCAACGUGAGGACAGGAGGGACCAACGUGAGGACAGGAGGGACACUCGAGAUGAGAGGUGGCAGCAGGAAGACCAGAGGAGGCAGGAUGCAACGCUGGGGCUGCUGCGUGAGCAAACAGACAUGCUCCGGCGUCUGGUGGAGCUUCAGGAACGGAUGCUGGAAAACAGACUGCUGCUUCAGCCCCUGUUCCACCCUCCCCCCUCCCCAUGUUCCGUAUCCUCCUCACCCAGACGUGUAAGAACACGGGGGGGAGGCUCCGUACACCUUCCCAUUCCACCCCAGUAGACAGCCCAAGCAAAAGGCUGUCAUUUUUUUUAACCUUUUCUUUGUGGCUUUUUCCUUCCCAACAAUCCUCCUCCCAAAUACCACCCGGGUUCCCUCCCUCUUUUUCUAAUCUAUUAAUAAAGAAUAAAUGAUUUUUUAAAUGAUAGUGACUUUAUUUGGUUUGAAAGAAAGCUGGGGGAAGGGGGAGGGUCGGUUCCUUACAGAAAAUCAGUCAAUAAAGGGGGCGGGUUUUCAUGAAGGAGAAACAAACAGAUAUUUCACACUGUAGCCUGGCCAGUCAUGAAACUGUUUUUUAAAGCUUCUCUGAUGCACAGCGCUUCCUGGUGUGCUCUUCUAAUCGCCCUGGUGUCUGGCUGCGCAUAAUCAGCAGCCAGGCGAUUUGCCUUAGCCUCCCACCCCGCCAUAAAGGUCUCCCCCUUACUUUCACAGAGAUUGUGGAGCACACAGCAAGCAGAAAUAACAAUGGGGAGAUUUCUUUGGCUGAGGUCAGAGCGAGUCAAUAAUGAUCGCCAGCGACCUUUUAAACGGCCAAAUGCACAUUCUACCACCAUUCUGCACUUGCUUAGCCUGUAGUUAAACAGUUCCUGACUCCUGUCCAGGCUGCCUGUGUACGGCUUCAUGAGCCAUGGCAUUAAGGGGUAGGCGGGGUCCCCAAGAAUAACUAUUGGCAUUUCAACAUCCCCAACGGUUAUUUUCUGGUCUGGAAAGUAAGUCCCUUGCUGCAGCCCUUUAAACAGAGUAGUGUUCCUGAAAACGCGAGCCUCAUGAACCCUUCCCGCCCAGCCCGCGUUGAUGUUAGUGAAACGUCCCUUGUGAUCCACAAGUGCUUGCAGCACCAUUGAAAAGUACCCCUUGCGGUUUAUGUACUCGGUGGCUUGGUGCUCCGGUGCCAAGAUAGGGAUAUGGGUUCCGUCUAUCGCCCCACCACAGUUAGGGAAUCCCAUUGCAGCAAAACCAUCCACUAUGGCCUGCACAUCUCCCAGAGUCACUAACUUUCGUAGCAGCACCUGAGUGAUUGCUUUGGCUACUUGCAUCACAGCAGCCCCCACCGUAGAUUUGCCCACUCCAAAUUGAUUCCCGACUGACCGGUAGCUGUCUGGCGUUGCAAGCUUCCACAGGGCUAUCGCCACGCGCUUCUCAACUGUGAGGGCUGCUCUCAUCUUGGUAUUCUGGCGUUUCAGGGCAGGGGACAGCAAGUCACAAAGUUCCAUGAGAGUGCCCUUACGCAUGCAAAAG